CACCAUAAAUAACCAACCUUCAACUCUCCAUAUAUAACACACAUCCUUCCUCCAAACUCUCCGGAUCAUCCACAAUCACAUAUCAAUUCAACAAUGCUCGAUCAAAUCAUCUCGAUUGAACCAUCCGAUCGGAUCGUAAACCGAAAGCCACGGAUCCUCUGCCUCCACGGCUUCCGCACAAGCGGCGAAAUCCUCAAAACUCAAUUGAAAAAAUGGCCGGAAUCCGUGCUCCAAAAGCUUGAUUUAUUCUUCCCCGACGCUCCGUUUCCUUGCAACGGUAAAUCGGAAGUCGAAGGAAUAUUCGAUCCGCCUUAUUACGAGUGGUUUCAGUUCAAUAAGGAGUUUACGGAUUAUGAGAAUUUCGACGAGUGUCUUGAAUAUAUCGAAGAAUGUAUGAUUAAACAUGCACCGAUUGAUGGAUUGCUUGGAUUCUCACAGGGUGCAAUUUUGUCAGCUGCGUUGCCUGGGCUGCAAGCUAAGGGAAUAGCAUUGACGAAGGUACCAAAGAUCAAAUUUUUGAUGAUAAUAUCAGGGGCCCAAUUGAAAAAUGAAUCAUGGGCUGAAAAGGCAUAUUCGAUUCCCAUCCAAUGCCCGUCUCUCCAUUUUUUAGGUGAUAAUGAUUUCUUGAAACCGUAUGGUAAUGAGCUCUUGAAAUCAGUUGAAAAUCCAAUGGUAAUUCAUCAUCCUAAAGGCCAUACGAUUCCAAGACUUGAUGAAGUAGGCUUGGAGACGAUGUUUAAAUUCAUUGAGAGGAUUCAAAAACUUGUUUCUGACAAGGAAGAUGUAGUUACGGUUUAGCCUACACAAUUACAAAUAAGACUUUGUGUUGUAGUCGUUAUCACUAGAAAUCAUUACCAAAUAUCUUAUACAUUCAUGUCGGGUAUGUAAAAUAUUUAAAAAAUGAUUAUAGUUUCCUUGUAAGAUUCACAUCAUUUGCUCAUCAAAGCAUGCCAUGGUCGUUGACUCAA